CUUGACGACUCAACAUUUUCUUUACUGUAACAAGACCAUGGAAGACAUAAGUUAUCUUUGUAAUCCUCUUGUAGAACCGUUUGUUUAUGAAACUAUUAGAGACAAGUUGGAAAGAUACUCCGAGGAAACACCAGAUAAAGAAGCCAUCGUAUUUUACACAUCUGAAUUUGAGAGACAAUCUUUGACUUUUGGGAAUCUAUAUAGAAAAUCAUGGGCAUGUGCUCAAGGUCUCAUUCAGUUAGGAAUACAACCAGGUGACGUCGUUGGUCUAGGUUUACCGAACAUUCCAGAAUGGAUUCUUUGUCAUUUUGGGAUAGCUCUUGCUGGUGCAAUCACUCUUGGAUUCCCGUAUUUUUCAAAUGAUGGACAAAACAUUGUUAAAGCAUUGAAUCAGAGUGAGAAAUGCACCGCUAUUAUAUUCGGAGAUAACGCUGAAAAUAUUGACAUAAUCCGUCAUUUUGUAAGUGGCACUGACGGCAGUGGAAAAGUUCUAAAAGCAGAUGUUUCAUCGUUGAAAUAUGCUAUUCGAGUUGGAACAGAAGAUGCCGGUGAUUUUCCGUUCACAUUUGGAUCACUUCUGCAAUUAGGGGAAAAAGAUGUUGGAAUAGAGCUACCAACUAUUCAUCCGGAUGACGUCUUCAUGAUAAUACUGUCCUCUGGAACAACCAGUCCAUGCAAGCUUAUCUCCAAAACUCAUUUUCAUAUCUUAUCCGUACUACCAAUGACGAACCAUGUGAUGAGGAUGGGAAAAGAUGAUAUUGUCUUUAGUUGCCAGCCAUUUAUGUGGAUUGGUGGUUAUGUCUUUUCGUUAUUAAAUUUUGGCAACACAUUGGUGACAGUUACUAGUUAUUUAAACAACAUGAGAACCGCUAGACAAUUUGCCAAACUGACAGCAAAUGUCAUUGAGAAAGAAAACUGUACCUUUGCUGGGAUGUAUGGUCCUUCUCUGCUAGUAUUUUCGGAUGACGAGGUAAAAUGUUCAAGCUUUCCACUGAAAUGUGUAACUACAGCAGGAUUCCCGUUAUCUAAAACCUAUGCUAAUAUAGUAGGAAAAGUAGCCCGACGUUUUAUUAACGUUUAUGGAACAACCGAACUUGGGUCUAUCUGUUACAAAGAAAUAGAAAGACCGGAGGACUUUGAGGAUUAUUCAGUUGGAUUUCCAGUAAGAGGCAUAGAGAUAACUGUUAUUGACAAAGAUGGUAAACUUUGUCAAAGAAACGUCAUUGGAGAAAUAAAUGUUCGAUCCAGCGUUCGUUUCCUUGGGUAUUUGAACGACCAAGAAAAAACCAUCAAAGUUUUAGACAAGUUUGGCUGGUUUAAAACAAAUGAUAUCGGAUACGUUACUUCCGAUGGCCAAGUUGUCGUCAGUGGUCGUUUAUCGGAUAUAAUCAUAAUAGGAGGGAAGAAAAUGUCUCCUGUACAUUUAGCAAAUGUACUCUCUGCACAUCCAGACAUAUUAGAUGUCGAAGUUAUAGCUAUUGAAGACAAGGUGAUGUUCCAAGAAGCAUGUGCCUGUUUAAUAAAGAAACCAGGAUCUACAGUCACAUGGGACGAUCUUGAAGCUCUUACUGUUGACAAAAGCAUCACCAAAAAAGAAAGCAUACUUUUCAGACUUUUUGUUCCAAAAUACCAUGUUUUCAUGGACUCGUUCCCUAGAACAAUGAGCGGGAAGGUUGAAAAGAAACAAUUGAAAGAGGACGUUCUAAAGAUUUUAAAACUGAAAUAAUGGCCGUAUUUUACCAAUCGAAUCUAGUAACAAAUAAUCCGACAAUACGAUGAUAUGUGUGUUAUAAGACAAUGAAUAUAUACAAAUUUUAUAAUCUCUGACUAUUGUAAUUAAAUUUCGUUUUGAAAAA